AAUGAGAGCGCGACUUGGUAGUUGAGCUAUUCAUUUUCUUCCAUCGUUGGGUGUCUUUAUAGGACUCUCAAGUUUGUUUUUUUUCGUUGGAGGAUCUGUGUUCGAAGCUCGAAAACAAUCAUGGGUUGUAGAUGGUUAUGGAGACUGAUUAGCACCGCCAUUACUGCAAUUCUCUGUUUUCAUGGAGUCUGUCACGCCCAGAAAGUUCCAAAUUACACAUUUCUUCAACAAGCAACGUCGGCGCCGGCGGUGUCAUACUACGACUACAUAAUAAUCGGCGGAGGAACCUCCGGCUGCCCCUUGGCCGCCACACUUUCUCACAACGCCACCGUUUUAGUGAUCGAAAGAGGAGGCUCUCCUUACGGCAACCAAAACAUUACCAACCUAGGAUCCUUCGGUGACACCCUCUCUGAUACCUCUCCAACCUCUGCUUCCCAACGAUUCAUCUCUGAGGACGGCGUCUUCAACGCCCGUGCACGUGUUUUAGGUGGCGGAAGCUGCUUGAACGCCGGGUUUUACACCCGGGCUAGUACUGACUACGUUAGGGACGCUGGGUGGGACGGUAGACUCGUGAACCAGUCUUACCAAUGGGUUGAGAAGAUGGUAGCCUUCAAGCCCCCCAUGCUUCAGUGGCAAUCCGCCGUCAGAGAUGGACUGAUUGAAGCUGGUGUGUUACCUUACAAUGGCUUCACUUAUGAUCACAUUUAUGGGACUAAGGUUGGUGGUACCAUCUUUGAUUCUGAAGGCCAUCGACACACUGCUGCUGAUCUGCUUCGGUAUGCCGACCCCAAAGGGCUCACCGUUCUUCUACAUGCCACUGCUCACAGGAUCUUCUUUAGGACCAAAGGGAAGUUAAGACCGAGAGCACAUGGAGUGGUGUUCAGAGAUGCAGCAGGAGUGAGGCACAGAGCUUACUUGAAGAAGGGGUCAAUGAAUGAGAUGAUCAUAACAGCGGGAGCCAUGGGAAGCCCACAGCUGUUGAUGCUUAGUGGGGUGGGUCCAGCGCAACACCUUAGGUCCCACAACAUCAGGGUCACAUUGGACCAGCCAUUGGUGGGUCAAGGAAUGGCGGACAACCCUAUGAAUGCCAUCUUCAUCCCUUCUCCAAACCCUGUUGAGGUCUCCCUCAUUCAAGUCGUUGGCAUUACUCCCCUUGGAACCUACAUUGAAGCUUCUAGUGGCAGCAACUUUGCUCAGACCUCAAACACUCCUCAAAGAGACUUUGGGAUGUUCUCACCUCAGACUGGGCAAUUAUCAGUUGUACCUCCAAAGCAGAGGACACCGGAAGCCAUAGCAAAAGCAACAGAAGCCAUGAAAGCUCUUAAUGAUGAGGCUUUCAGAGGGGGGUUCAUCUUAGAGAAGGUCAUGGGUCCUAUCUCAAGUGGGCAUCUGGAGCUUAAGAACAGAAACCCAAAUGACAACCCUUCAGUCACCUUCAAUUAUUUCAAAGAACCAGAAGACUUAAAGAGAUGUGUUGAUGGGAUUAGAACCAUAGAGAAGGUGAUUCAAUCCAAAGCCUUCUCCAAUUUCAGGUACCCAUUUCUCUCCGUGGAAGCCCUCAUGAACAUGACUGCGAAGUACCCAGUGAACUUGCUGCCAAGGCAUGACAAUGAUUCAACAUCGUUGGAGCAGUUCUGUAAGGAUACAGUGAUGACCAUAUGGCAUUAUCAUGGAGGAUGCCAAGUGGACAGGGUUGUUGACAGGGAUUAUAAGGUUCUUGGAGUGGAUGGACUAAGGGUUAUUGAUGGCUCCACUUUCCAUGACUCCCCUGGGACCAAUCCUCAAGCCACUGUCAUGAUGCUUGGAAGGUAUAUGGGAGUUAGGAUUCUAACAGAGAGACUUGUAAGGAACAAAUGAGUUAAGAUAAAGAACAGUGGGUGCUGCAUUUAAUUAAUUAGUAAGGAAUUAGUUAUGUCUAUGCAUGCGUCAUGGUGUAUUAGUGAGUGAGGACUGAGGACUGCUUUCUGAGUUCCAUAAUCUUUAAAAUAAAACCCAAAUGAAAAUCACUUUUGUGCA